AUGCCCAAACCUAGUGCCUGCAUCCUCCUCCUCCUCCUAUUCCUCCUCCCCGUGGUCUCCCCCAACUGCCAGACGGGCACGGCUGCUGCAUGCAUGAAUGCAGCCUUCGUGCCCGGGCACAACCUGGUGGGUCAGGGGAUUGAUGUGACCACACUGGGCCGGACGGAGGCCCAGAUGGUGGACACUAGCCAGUGGCGCGGCCCGAAUGGCACCUGCACCCUGUGCCGGAACCCACUGCAGGGAGGGCAGUGGCAGAGGUUGCCCCUGGCCGCGGUGGACUGGAGGGUCCACAGUUUGUGCCAACGAAAGCUCAGCAGCUCGGUGCAGCAGUCGGCGAUGGGCAUGAUGGAGUCAGCGGCGUCCGUGGUGCAGAACGACUGGAAGGUGGGGCUGAAAGUGCCCGUGGUGCCCAAGGUUAAUGUCCAGGUGGGGCUGGCCGGCUCACGCUCCAAACUGGCCGAAUUCGUCACGCAGAAGUCACGGAAGGACAAAUACGCCUUUGUAAGCCAAGAGGUUUCCUGCCCAUAUUACAGGUUCGGGAUCAGCGGAAAACCUCCUCUCACUGGUCAUUUCAUCCUGGCGGUGAAGAACCUUCCCAGCCUGUACAACAAGGCCUCCAAGCUGGAAUACCAUCAUCUGAUUCACACCUACGGCACCCACUAUAUGACCCAGGCGUCCCUGGGGGGCCGGGUGCGGGACGUGACUGCAGUGCAGGUCUGCCAGGCGGCGCUGGAUGGGCUGACCAUCAACGAGAUCAAGGACUGUCUGAGCAUGGAGGUGACCAUGAAUAUUGGGGUGGGCUCAGACCAGUCCAGCUUCAGCAGCUGCAAGGAGAAUAAGAGGGUGAAAUUCCAACAGAGCUUCCACGAGAUGUACCGGGAGCACCACGUGGAGGAGGAGGGAGGGCAAAACACGGACAACCUGCUCUUCUCCAAAAAUUACGCUGGGGUCUUCUCAGACUGGGUAAAAACCCUGAAGUCCCUCCCUGGCCUUCUCACCUACUCCUUGAGGCCAAUCCACACCUUGUUGGGGCUGGACGACCCCAAGCGGGAGGCACUUGGGCAGGCCGUGAGCGAGUACAUCCGUGAGAGGGCCCUGUGGAUGGAUUGCACCAAGAGCUGCCCAGCGGGGACCCAACGCAGCGCCCUCGACCCCUGCUCCUGCGUCUGCCCCGGGGACAGCUCCACCAACACCAUGUGCUGCUCGCGGGAGUGGGGCCUGGCGAGUCUGACGGUGACUGUGGUGCGGGCCAGUGAUCUGCGGGGUGACACUCUCACAGCUACGGAUGCCUACGUCAAGGUCUUCUUUGACAGGAGAGAGAACCAGACUGACACCAUCUGGAACCAAAAAAGCCCUGUCUGGAACAGACACAUGGACUUUGGCUCUGUCCGUGUCACUGACACCAGCCAGCUCCGUGUCGAGGUCUGGGACAAAGACAAUGGCUGGGAUGAUGACUUGCUGGGGGCCUGCAACAUCCCACUGAAGUCUGGGGGGCCCCGUCACAGGGAGUGCUACCUGAAACACGGCCGCAUCUGGUUCCACUACAGUCUGCGCUGUGGGCCCAACCUUCGGGGCCAGAUCUGUUCUGAGUAUGUUCCCCAGCCCCCCCGGCACAGCAUAGCCAAGGGGAAGGAGCCCUUCUGGUGA